AAGUGCGUGAAGACCAAUAGAAUAAUCAAAAUAUAGCUGCAAGGUACCACCAGCGUACGGUAGCAACAACAUCGGAUUGGAUUAAUUGCUAACCCGCACGAGUUCCGCCGUUGUGGAGCAACAGGUUAGAGUAGCAGACGUUUUACACCAAACCACCGUGAAACCGUCCGACGAAGAAAAAAGAACGAUCGCGAUCAUUCGCCAGUGAAGAAAGAAAGUAUAUUUCCGCGAUCGAUGUGAUGCAAAGUAUAUGAUGUAGGUUGUACAGUGUCGAGCAACAAUGCAGCAAAGUGGCCAGUAACGUUGUGCUUUCCAUGUUAUGUUUAUUUUCGAUUCCGUCCUGAAGGAGACUGAGGCAGAAGCAUUUCUCUGCAAGCGUAAAGUAAUGAUCGAUCGAAUGUUCAAUGCGCUAAUCCAUCGUCGUCUAUCGUGUGUUGCGUGGUUCGUUUUUCGUAGCGUAGCGAUAUUAAUGUUUGUGUUAAGCUUGCGAUCCUUAUGAGUAUUUUCCAACAAAAACAAAACUAAAGAAACAUCCCAUAAAAGGAAAUCUAUCAUUCGCGUUCGCCGUUCUUCCUAGUUCGGGGUCCUUUGCAACUCAUCGAAAAUAACCCCCUGAUAGUCCCAUUAGAAUCAAAAGCGAAGAAGGCUCCACUAUAAAGAAAGGCGAAGAACGAAACAGAGACAAACCCUUCGUCCGUUGCACCUAACCGCACGUCCUUCUUUCCGAGCGUCUUCUCCAAAAACCACCCGUUCCAACUUCAUCCGCUGCUUUCUUCGUCGUACGCGAAGUCGCGGAAUCAUUUAGGGGUGAGAGUCGCGGUGAACGCGAACAGGCGUUGGUUAAAGCGAAAUAGACAUCUCCGUCGUCCAGCUUCCGUGGGAGGAACAGAGAUCGCCCGGAAAAACGAAGAAGACACACAGCGAACUCACCCCUCGCGUACUAACCGUGGCCCUUCGUUCAAAGAAGUGAUACUGAAAUGUGCCGUGUGUGACCACAAAAUCAAAAAAGGUUGUGAUUAAUUCAACCUAAGCAAAUAAUUCUCCAGGCUGAACCUUACGCACCGGGUACAAAGAUUAGGAACAAAGUGCCAAAAAACAAGAAAAAACAGCCCACCAAUCUAGCAAGCUCGUGAAAGGUUUGCGUUUUGACAGUUCCUUUCUCAUCGGGGCUCCCUUCUCAUCUGGUGAGUUGUAUUUGGGGCUCACAGAGUCUUCACGAUCGUGUGUUCGCCCGCAAUCGUUUGCGGGAACAGGAGCGGAACCAAAUCCUGCUGGCAGGAAAACAACAAAAGCAAUAGCUUAGUAUUUAUUUCGUACGAUUUGGAGACGAACCGCGGCUAGCGCGAACGAUUUGAUAAUCAAUCUGCGAGCAGAUUAACCGGGAGCUUGGACUCCCCCUCUAGUGACACGAUCAUCAGCCGUGGUACAUUUCUUUCUGGCAAACCGGGCAGGGAUCGCGAUCCCGCAAACGCUGUCACGCUGAAAAAGUUAGUGCAAACCCGUCUCAAGAUGAUCCGUGAUCCCGGUGGUACAUCGCCAAACGAACAUCAAGAUUCACCACCUUCACCUAAGUACGAUCGAAUAUUGGGACGUCCACCACCUAUGGAUGAGACGGAAAUACCGCUGGAUAUGACCGUCAGGAGGAAGGAUUCAUCCGAUGGUCAGGGUUCGCCCACAGGGAACGAUCAGUCGCGCGAUGUACCGAUCAAUCUGAAUGUGCGCCCGAGUGUCAUAACAAAGGCACCGCCACCACCGAUAAAGAAGCGCAUUAGUCACAUGCACACGAAUGGUGAAAUCGUGCUUAAGAGUAGUGUUAGGACGACUACCGCCACUACCACCGUCGAAUCGGCACCGAUCGUAAACGUUUCAUCCACGUACUGUGAUGUAUCGAUCGAGGAACAUUUUCGCCGUUCGCUCGGUCCAACCUACAGCUCCAUUUACGGUGACAAGCAACAGCUACAGCAGCUGCAACUGCAACAGCAGCAGUCGGCAUCGGCACUGAAUGCUUUGAACAACAAUACCACCAUUGGUGGGCAAGGAUCGCCAGUGCAUCAUCAUGCCACACAGCAAAAAGUGAAUCCACUGCCGAUACCGCUGCUGUUGCAGAAGCACACGAUGGAAACGAACGACUCGUUGCCGCUGACCGGACCGGCAGUUGGUGCGGGUGGUGGUGGCGGUGGGAUGCGGAAUCACAGUAGCAGCAGUAUUAGCUCCAGCUCGUCCGUCAGCUCGAACAGUAGCAUAUCCAGCAGCCUCAGCAACACUAGCGGCAUUAGUAGCAGCAGCAGCAAUAACAACAUCAGUAUCAGACCGAUCGGCCCGAUCGGUGGCGUCGGUGGAAUACGUGUGGCCGCACCGGACACGAUCGAGCUGAAGCUCUCGAUUGACCCGGCACCGCCAGUACCGCUCGUUCCGGCUACCGUCCUGCCACCGUCGCCCGGUGCACCCUCAUCGGCUGCCAGUGUGGCGAUUGCGCUCACAUCACCGAAACACCUGCAUCAGCAACCACCACCGGCUAUCUCGCCGGCCUCACUCACCACCACGAUGUCUCUUUCGUCCUCGUCGCCAUCUUCCUCGUUAGCAUCUUCACCGGCUCCGUUUCUUGCAACGCAGCAGCAACAGAAAAGGCCCGACUCCGGCGAAGAGGUCGAUGAUCAUUUCGCGAAAGCGCUCGGUGAUACGUGGAAGAAAAUUCAGGAGAGUAAUAUGAAUUUGUGAGGUAACCAUCAUCAGAUUAGGUAACUGCGGUAAUCGAUUUCGUGUUUUUUGAAUACGAAAGCUGUGAAAAGGGGAUUGAAACCUGUUGGACCAUGCCAUUCAAGUGAGCCCGGCCAUGCGUGAGGUCAUCAUCCUACAUUUGUUUCCUUUCUUUUAUUUUCUUUUUAUUAUAUGCUGUAGUUUACGGCCUGUGUUUUUAAAGCUAAUUGUUAAGUUCCUUUUCUUGCUAAGGGUAAGCAAACCAUUUUAAUUUGUGAUUUGAUUAAGCGCGCCUAGCAAUCGCAAAAACCGCGUCUGCUGUCGCCCAGGGAUAACAGGGUUGGAGAUUGACCAGCAACCAGAAAGAGAUUGUACGAAGAAAUUGUGUUAAAUUGUAUUUUUAUCGCUUUCCUAAAAACUAAAAACACCCAUUAGACGGAAAGGCAGUUGAGAUAGAUUUAAGCGAAAGAUAUAGAGAGAGAGUGUGAGCAGGAGUAAAAAAAUACCCGAGUAGAUUCGUUUAGUUGUGCACCACAUACGCGUGUGCUGUAUGUUUAAUAGUUUGACUAUUUCACGAUCACUUUAAAAUAUUUACCCAACUGUGCGGGCAUAUGAGGAAAGGAGUCAAUUGGUGCAAUCGGAAGGAACACGCGUGCAUACAGACGCACACACUCACAUUUCAUUGACUUGUUUAAAACGAGUGCAUUUACUAAUUUCUUCUUGUUGUGUUGUUUUAUGUAUACGUAUGAAGAGCGAUAUAUCGGCAUUUCGUGUAUGUAACAUACACAGGUUCGAAAGCCCGAUACAUUUGGCUUGCUGAAACAAAAUUCUUUUCCCUGAAGAUGUUAAGGAUGUAAUCAGUGGGAUUGUAAAAAUGGAGCUGUGUAUAAACUCACAACGCUCUGCGUAAUGCAAGCAUUUCACAGGGAUUUGCGUUAACUCUUAAGGCACCAAAAGCCACUAAAUCCGCUACAACAUGCUCUAGGUAACAUCUACGAUUCUACGUAGAAUCAAUGAUUUAAGGAGUCUCUACUGCUUUAAAUACUUCGGUUAGACUAUGUUGGAUUCAUUGCUGGUAAGACCCGAAUAAUAACUUCUAUCCUUCACGCUUGAGUGUAUAAACCAGCAAUGUAGAUAGAUUGUGAAACUUGUUAAAUCUUCAGACAAAAUUUAAUUGAAGCGCCUCCUGAGGUACAGAACAGGACCAACUCAUGCAUGUCACUGCACUAAUUCUUCCACUUAUGUUGCACUUUGCAAAGCAACUGUUUAUAAUGUGCAUUUCCGUUUAGGGCUAAAUAGGGGCUCACCUGUUUGUUCUCUUAUUCGUUAUUGUCGCUUUGUAGAAGAAUCAGAGAGCCUAUUUUAGAUUGAAUCGUUACAGAUAGUUUCACACCUCAGAAGAGAACGAAUAUCACGUAGGGAUAAACACAAAGAAGCUGUGGCCUUUAACAAGUAAUGUUUUAAUUUGCGUAAGUUGUACACGAAAGCGGUUUUCCGGUUCGCAACAACCGAACUGUUCCUGUAGUAAAACAAACAAAAGAAAAAUGGCGGGGGAAAAGAACCCCCGUUGUUAUAGGUACCGUAUGCAAGUGUCCAUUAAUGCACUUUCUUUUUGUAGAUGUAAACCAUACCAUAACGUUAUCUGUGUAAAGGGAAAAAGUUUUUUAAAGUGAGAAGUACGCGUACGUCGUACUGGCCCCGCAGUGAUAUAGCAAACCUAACCGCAAAAACCGGACAUACAUGGAAGCAUGAUGUCAGCGUAAUGGAAUCAGAGGUUAUUUUGUUGUCUGUAAUGUAACACUUCCUCUGAAAAUGCCUAUUAUAUAGUAAGUUAUCAUGUGAACAGUGUGUUACUGUGCGUCCUGUUGAUCACAGGACGACGGUCAUACGUGUUACAGCGCGUAGUUGUAACAAAAAGGAUGCGAUCUCGAAAAUCUUCCUUCCUUUGCUUUUGUAUCGAUUGGACGUAUAUAACUCCUAUUGCGUGUGGGUGCGUGAUGUUUUCUUAGUGACGUGCAAUGGUGGAAAAAAGGAUCCGUUUUCCCAAAACCAAAACGCCCUCACAAUUCUUGUUUGCUUCGCUUCUGCCGUUUGUUGGUAAAGUAAAGCUUCCACGUUGCCGUUCCCUUCUGUCCGGGUACUGAUUUCGAAUGGUGCUAGAACGAUUUCAUAUGCCAUCUAAGCACCGAUAGGAAGCCAGUGCCCGUUAGUGAUUAAUCUGUCACACACACACAAAAUGCACUCACUGUUUUAAUAUGUAAACCGUUUUGAUUGAGCUGUUCUGCAUCAAAACCCCAUCGCGCAUUAAAACCAACAAAACAUUUGCUGCAGCACACAUUGCGCAAAUGAGUUUUAGCAACAUUAUGUAGAGAUUAAGCUGUGGUGCGAUGUUUGAAGGUUUUUACGAACUAAUAGAGCGAGGUUAUGUACAUGAUUUCCACCCUUAAGGAGGCAAACAAUGGGGGGG